CCCGGAAUAAAAACAAACGGCGGUCGUUGCAGCAUCCGGGCACUCGGCGGCCGGCUGCUGAGGGAGCGGUGGCGCAGAAUGGCGCAAAAGAAAUAUCUCCAAUCAAAAUUGACCCAGUUUUUAAGGGAAGACAGAAUUCAACUUUGGAAACCUCCAUAUACAGAUGAAAAUAAAGAAGUUGGUUUGGCAUUAAAGGACCUUGCUAAGAAGUACUCUGACAAGCUAGACUGUUGUGAAAAUGAAAUAGAAAAGAUAAUAGAAGAAAUACGUUGCAAAGCAGUCCAGCGUGGCACAGGAAAUGAAAAUUACAAAACAACAGGCAUUGCUACAAUUGAGAUAUUUUUACCUCUACGACUAAGAAAAGAUAGAAAAAGCCUGUUGGAGACCCGAUUGCACGUCACUGGCAGAGAACUGAGAUCUAAAAUAGCUGACACCUUUGGACUUCAAGAAAACUAUAUCAAAAUUGUCAUAAAUAAGAAACAACUUCAACUAGGGGAGACACUUGAAGAACAAGGAGUGACACACAAUGUAAAAGCUAUGGUGCUUGAACUAAAACAGUCUGAAGAGGACAUAAGAAAAAAGUUCCAGGCUGAAGAAGAAGAGCAAAAUAAAGUUAAACUAAAAGAGAAAAGAAUUCAGAGGACCAAGAGGGGCCUGGAGAUACUGGCAGAGAGAGAUGAGAUGGUGGUGGAUCCAGAAACCACACCAUACUUAGACAUAGCUAACCAGACGGGCAGAUCAAUCAGAAUUCCUCCAUCAGAAAGAAAAGCUCUUAUGUUAGCUAUGGGAUAUCAUGAGAAGGGCAGAGCUUUCCUGAAAAGAAAAGAAUAUGGGAUAGCCUUGCCAUGUCUGUUGGAUGCUGACAAAUAUUUCUGUGAGUGUUGCAGGGAACUGCUGCACACGGUCGAUAACUACGCAGUGCUCCAGCUGGAUAUAGUGUGGUGUUACUUCCGCUUGGAACAGCUGGAGUGCCUCGACGACGCGGAAAAAAAAUUAAACCUGGCCCAGAAAUGUUUUAAAAAUUGUUACGGAGAAAAUCAUCAGAGACUUGUUCACAUAAAAGGAAACUGGGGGAAAGAGAAGGUGUUGUUUGUAAGGCUUUACUUGCUUCAAGGCAUCCAAAAUUACCACAGUGGGAAUGGUGAAGAGGCUUGUGAAUAUCUCAACAAGGCACGUCAGCUCUUUAGAGAGCUAUAUAUCGAUCCAUCCAAAGUUCACAGUUUGUUGCAGUUGGGGUUUACUGCCCAGGAAGCUCGGCUUGGCCUUAGGGCAUGUGAUGGGAACGUGGACCACGCGGCCGCCCACAUCACCAGCCGCAGAGAGGAGUUGGCCCAAAUAAGGAAAGAGGAAAAGGAGAAGAAACGCCGCCGCCUGGAGGACAUAAACACUUUGAAAGUUAUGGGCUUCUCCACGCAUGCCGCCCGGCAGGCCCUCCAUCAGGCCAGCGGGAACCUGGACAAGGCCCUGAAGGUGACGUGCUCGGAGCAGCCCAGCUUGCGGGCUGAGGCACUGCAGUGCCCACUGCUCCGUUAAGCGCCUCUCCAGUGUCCUUCCGUGGUGCCUGGAGUCCCGCUCCUGUGAGCGGUCCUCCCAUCCCUGUUUCAGAUCUAAGGGGCCGCACUCUCUCCUCCAACCCCAGUGCAGGGCCAGAAGGCCAGGCCCCACCUCGGCGCCCACCCGCAGUCUGGCAGAGUGCACAGGGCAGGACCUUGCUUGAGGUUUCAGGUCACAGCAGCGUGAGGUUAACAGUAAUGUGAAGAUGAUGAUAUUAAAGUUUCAGUAUAAUUUUUUUGAAUUAGAAUGUUUCAUUUGAAUAUCUAGUUUUAUUUACUUAGUUGGUAGUCCACAGUGGCCUAGGGACCUACAGACGACUGGGGAGACAGACACGGUUGAAGCAGGGUGGCCCAAGGGCUGCAUGUGGGGGUGCGGCCUGUGGGGCCUCAGGGCAGCCUGGAGGGUGGCGGCAUGAGUCCCUGGGAGCUGCGGGGACUGCCGAGGCAAAGGUCACACACCUGCCAGCGGAGAGGGGCCAGAGGUGGGGAGGCCGGGUAGGUAGCGGCCCGGGGGGCAGGUGUGGUCCUGACUGCCCUGCUGCGUAGUUCACCCGGGCCCCGUGGGUUGGGGGCCGGCCCUGCCUUUGCCUUUCGGUCUCCAGACCUCCUGUUCCUCAGAAUCCCCACAAGUCGGUAUUUUUUCAGUGUGUGUGCAUGUACAUAUGUAAUUAACUUAAAAUGAAUUUGAAUAUCCAGGCUAACUUCUUGUGUUAGAGAAAUACAAAAGGCAGGGAACUCUGAAUGUGCGCAGGGGCUGAUAGAGCUCCAGAACAGUCACUAUGCAAGCAGUGCAUAAAUACAGCUUGGUGUUAGAGGAAACAUUCCCCAGAGGGGCUCUUUAAGGCUAAGAGUUCAGAGCUGUGUGACGGGGAAUUCACGGAUCAGAAGAACGGUGCUCUUCUCCCUGACACUGUGACCUAGGGCAUGAC